AAGGCUAUGGCUCCCGCAUUGGCGUGCUCUCUCGGCAAUGCGCCAGGAUCACUAGGUCAGGGUUUUUCUCCCAGGAGGAGCGGCCGAUUCGCCGCUACCGCCGCGGCCGACUCGAAUCCAUCGCUGCAUUCUUCUUCUCUGUUCGCGGGGUUUGAUUUCGGGACGUCCGGCGCGCGCGUUGUGGUGAUCGACAAGGAAGGGGAGAUUCUUGCGGAGAGGAAGCGGCAGUAUCCAGCUGAGAAUCCCGCGGCUGCCAGCGCAUGGAGGGCGACGCUAUUUGCGCUGCUGGAAGAAAUUCCGGUGGAAUUCCGCGCUCGCGUUGGCUCGAUUUGUCUGGAUGGGACUUCUGCGACCACGAUGAUCGUCGACAGAAACACGGGUGAAUUGUUGUCCCGUCCAGUUCUAUAUAACGAGAGCUGUUCCCAGAGUCUACCAUUCGUCCACCAGAUUGCUCCUGCCAACCACACUGUUCUCACUGGAACUUCCACUCUGUGCAAAAUGGUCGCAUGGUGGCAGCGAGCCGAGAAAGAGCAAAGGAAGAACGCGAUUUUGAUGCACCAGGCGGACUGGCUCUUGUAUCUUCUCCAUGGGCGACUCGGUAUUUCCGAUUACAACAACGCUCUAAAGGUCGGCUUUGAUCCCGAAACGGAGGAGUAUCCAGAUUGGUUACGGAAGCAGGAGUUUGGCGACAUGCUGCCGAAUGUGAUAGAACCUGGGGCUGUUGUAGGGAAAGUCACUUCUGCAAUAGCGACUACCUUUGGACUUCCUCCGAGCUGCGUUGUUUGCACGGGGACAACUGAUAGUAUAGCAGCUUUCUUAGCUGCUCGAGCUACGGAACCUGGCGAGGCAGUAACUUCCCUUGGAUCGACACUUGCAGUGAAGCUUAUAAGUACCGAGCGAGUUGAUGAUGCCCGCUAUGGAGUGUACAGCCAUCGGAUUCAGGGCCAAUGGCUCGUAGGCGGGGCUUCAAACACGGGAGGCAUUGUCCUGCGACAGUAUUUUAGCGACAAGGAGUUGGAUGUUCUCAGUCACGCUAUUAAUCCCAACAAACCUUCAGUUCUAGAUUAUUAUCCUCUGCCAAGUACAGGUGAGCGUUUUCCGGUGGCAGAUCCCAACCUGGAGCCCAGGCUAGAACCACGGCCACCUAAUGAUGUGGAGUUUCUGCAUGGAUUGCUUGAAUCAAUUGCUCGCAUUGAGGCUCGAGCAUAUAAGCUGCUGGGAGACUUGGGAAGUACAAAGCUGAGAGCUGUUUUUACCUCAGGAGGCGGUUCCAAGAAUCAUGUUUGGGAACGCAUAAGGCAGAGGGUUUUGGGAGUUCCAGUAUCUGCCUCGCAGCACAGGGAGGCUGCCUACGGAGCUGCUUUGCUAGCGCUCCAAGGGUCUGGAUCAAUACAGUGAUGGGAUACAUUGCGUUUCUCGAGUUCUAAGUACUGUUUUGCAAGUUAUGUUCAGGACACUGCUUCUUGGACCCGGACGAACGUCUGGUAAUGGAGGGAUGUUACAUGCACGAACAGCAAAGUGUGAUUUUAAUUUUCAACCGUACCACGUGCUCGUUCAGCAAGUUUGGUUGUCGAGAGUAAUUCUUGCAGGCAUCGCAAAUCUUUUGCACCUGGGACUGACAGAUUCAAAUGUGCAAGUUUCCGAAGUAUUUUGCUAGAGCUAACAGAACUCUUGUGAGCUGCUUGAACGGGGGAGGGUCUAUUUUCACGCGCUCGCUCUCAGAUGCGUGCUGUAUUCUUUUCUUUUACUAUGCGCCUGCUAUGACAAUAUUGCUGGACGCCUCUUCAACAAUAAGAGAUGGCUGAUUUAACAGGAAGUCGGCAGCAGAGCAUGCAUCAACGAUGAAUAGAUUGAAGCGUUCCUUGAACGCCUCGACCUGCUGUUCUUUCGAUUUGAAGCGGUCGCAGAAUCUUUUCAUGUUUAUUAUUAUAUGGCCUUCGCUCAUCAUCCGGCCCAGAAGAGAUUAUUCUCGGCGUGCGUCGUCAGCAUUGUCAACCACGAUCGAAGGGAGGCUUGGCUGGUUGUGUGCGGCUUCAAAGUACAAGAACAAACACAAUCCAACAGUUUUUUGUCCAGUGCAGUAGCCAAGACAGAAAAAAACAGGGGAAGAGCUUCUGGAGAGAAAGAGAAAUCAAAUGCUCGAGAGCAGGAGGAGCUCUAUCCCCGUUGAUCGUCGUCUUCGUCUCGAUGAACUAGAAGCGAAUGUGACGUCUACGUCCGGCCAGAGAGCGUCCAAACGAGACUCCGAUUUCCAGGCGAGGGACGACACUAGCAAGAGAGAAAGAAUCUUCGCCGAGGUAACUUACUUUCCGUACUGCCAUGAUCAGCACACACAGCAGCGAUGCAACUUGGGGUGGAUUAAAGUAAUCAUGAUUCGUCGCUGGAAGGAUUGCGCUGCUUAUUUUUCUUUUAUAAUCUUCAUGCCAUGAACAGCAAAUCCUAAAAACAGUGCAAGGUGACAGAGGGUAAAGUCAAAGAAGAGCUCGGUAUGUAUGGAGUCUGGAGUUUGGAGUUUCUCGCGGAAGAUUUGAACUCUGGCCACUGGAUUCUCAGAGCUUCCUGGGCGCGACGACCACCACCAAGGCCAUUAAGCAUUUAAAAGGUGAGCUCCUCCUGCUUGUCUGUUUCAGAGGAACUGUUAAAACAGUACUAAGCUGGCCAGAAAUCUCUGGAGAAGCUUUGCAGGUUCUGGUUUUGUCCAAAUGUGGGGAAGGCUCUGCGCGUUUCAGAAAAGAACAAGAGAAGGAAACACCCCCUCUCCAAUAAUGCUGGCUGCAGCUCGCACUUUUCUUGUGAUUUCUCUUCGCCUUCCCCGCUUGCUGGAAGAGAGGGAAGCGAAAGAAAGGCAAGCAAAAUACACCUGAUCGAAUCGCUGCUUGGAAAAGAAGGAAACUUGGUACGGAAGAGAUCACAGCCAAGUUGCAGCGAAGAGCUCACGAUCAUGAGAUAGAGAUCACGUUGUACGGAAGAGAUCAAAGCCAAGUUUUACUCUUUACGAGAGCUCAUGAUCAUGAAUUAUGAGUGGGGUGAUUGGUAUCGAUCUUUCGUGACAAAGCUGGAGGGAGCUUAGCCGAAUACAAACAAUGAAACAAAGACAUGCUUCUACAUACGACAGGGAGAAAUGAAAGUGAAGAAAAGAAUGUUUGGUGUUUGUUUGUUUGUUGUU